GUUGGGUUUUAUAGUCAGCCAUCAAGGUGAGCUGCGUAGGUUCCUGUGGGGUGUCCAACAGAAUGAAUGACACGGCUUGGACGGUGGAGGAGCAGUACUUCAACACGACUCUGUCCCUGGCAGAUAAAGGGACCCUGGCGGCUGGAGAACAUACUUUCCCCUUUCAGUUUCUACUUCCAGCUUCAGCUCCGACGUCCUUCGAAGGGCCCUUUGGAAAAGUCUUGCAUCAGAUUAAAGCCGUGAUUGAGACGCCCCGUUUUUCCAAGGACCACAAGUGCAACAAGAUCUUCUAUGUCCUUUGCCCUCUUAACCUCAAUGACAUCCCUGAAAUUGAGCAGCCCAACACAACAUCCAUCACCAAGAAGUUCAACUACAAGCUUGUGAAAACCGGCAAUGUGGUCUUAACAGCCACCACUGACCUCAAGGGCUACGUCGUGGGGCAGGCCAUUCAGUUGCGGACGGACAUUGAGAACAAAUCUGGCCGGGACACCAGCACCAUUGUGGCAAGUCUUAUCCAGAAAGUCGCCUACAAAUCCAAGCGGUGGAUUUACGACUUGAGGACCAUCGCCGAAGUGGAAGGCUCGGCUGUGAAGGCAUGGAAGCGAGCCGACUGGAGAGAGCAAAUCUUGGUGCCGGCCCUACCUCAAUCCAUCUUGCAAGGCUGCAGCCUCAUCCAUAUUGACUACUACAUCCAGGUUUCUCUCAAGUCUCCCGAGGUUUCCGUCGCUCUCCCUAUUUACAUCGGCAACAUCCCUGUGAACAGGAUCCCUCUUAGCCCGGCCCGGUCGGUCCCGCACAUCCCAUCGCCCGUGGUCCCGAGCGCUCCCCCCGAAGAUGAAGAGGCUGCCUCCGGCUACCCUCACCCUAUGGACAACGUUUCCAUCCCUACCAAGAGUCAUUCUCAGCAGCAGCCCUUCAGUUACGCACCUGGUUUGAGCUUCCCAGAAGUCAGGCUAGACUCUGAGCAGACCAGCUCUCCAAACCAUCCCACCCUUUGCCUAUCCACAGGGGCCACAGUCCCCUACUAUGCUGAAGGAGCUGUUGUACCGGUUGCCACGGCCAGCUCCCUCAUCCUUCCUCCGGAGUAUAGCACCUGGGGAUACCCGUAUGAGGCACCCCCUUCGUAUGAACAGAGCUGCAGCAGCGCAACUUCCAGCCUUAGCAAUGGGAACUAGGCUAGGAACUCAUCUGGACCAUUUGAAGUCAGGAGGAAGGACAAUACAAAGUGUUGCCUAGGAGGGAGGGUGGUCUCCCACCCACCCCAUCCCAAUCCAAGAUUCGCCGGCAACUGCUUGCCUAUUCCCGGAUGCCUUGCCCAGCCACUUUGGUCCUUGUACCAUACAGUCACCUAUCUUACCUUGCUGCUUUUAUGAUCUGAGCAACCAUGAUGCCUUAUCUGGAAUGCUACCGAGUCGUCGGUGUGUGUGAGAAAGAGCGUGUGGACCACACUGUGUGUGAAUGUACAUAUGUAUUUGUUUGGGAAUCUAUGGUUUUUAUCUUUUAGCACCACUCCUUACCUUCUGUACAAGGGACAGUAUGUGGAGAGGGUUGAUCUCUUACAGCUGGGCUGGUCAGCUGUUGGUGGGCCAUACUGGCUCAACACUGGUUCACACAUUCCUUUUAUAAAGCAAGAGUGGAGAAACUGUGGCCCCACAAGAUAACUUUGGACUCCAACUCCCAUCAUUCCUUGGAGCGGAUGAGAGUCUGCAUUCCAGCUAAGGAUUGUCUAGAACAGUGUUUCCCAAAUGUUGGUCCUCCAAGUGCUUUGGACUUCAGCACCCAUCAUCCGUGGCUGGAGCUCUUGAGUGUUGUUGUUCCAGCUAAGGAUUGUCUAGGUCAGUGGUUCCCAAAUGUUGGUCCUCCCAAAUGCUUUGGACUUCAACUCCCAGAGGUCCCAGCCAGCUUGGGCAACAGGAAUUCUGGGAGCUGAAGUCCAAAAUGUCUGGAGGGCCAAAAAUUGGGAACCACUGGUCUAAACAGAAUGGAGGUUGGUGGCUCCCAUGUCAGGUUGUGAACACUUUGGUUCUAAGCCAGGAGCUCUCCAAGUGCUAAAACAUAGCUCUUCAGAUACUUUCUGGACCUUGAAUAGGUCCUUGCAGAACCUAGUUAGAAGUCAUGCUUGCCAUUUGUGCCAAGGUGGGAAAGGCAAUCCCCAUCAUCCCCAGCCAGAACAGGCAACAGUGGGCAUGGUGGGAGGUUUAGUUGCACAACUUAUCUUUCCAAAAAGGCACAAUAGCGGUGUAGUGCAUAACAUGGGCAUUGGCCUGUCUUGGGUAGAAAUGCCUUUUAUUUAUAUUUCCCUCUCUUUCAUCCUCCCUUCCACCAGCCAAGGCCUUCUAUCCACUGGAAUCCUGCUUGGGACAAUAACCUUUUUUGGCCUACAGUUCCCAGAAUCCUCUUGUGACCAUGCUGGCUGGGGUGUUGUGGGAAUUUAGGACAACCAAAAAGUAAUCCCAGGCUUUCCUGUGAUACGUUCAAACCACGCUGGCUGGCCCAGAUCUGCUCCAAAGACACCUCCCGGCACCUAUUCUUACAUACCCCUUCCUUCUUUUUCUUGACUUCGUCCGCCUCCAAAAGUCCCAGCUUUGGAUGGUUGGAAAAUGCCUGACAAUCACCAUUCUGUCCUGAUUCUACCUCUUCUUGUCUCCCCAGAAAGUGAGCCUGGGUGGUGGUGGCGGUCUCCUCUUUUGCAAAGGAAAUAAACCAGAUUCCUUAGUUUUGGAAUUGGAAUGCCUGUUGCUGAAGGCGCAUUGGGUGCUGGGGCAAUCCAUCCGCCCAUCGGGCACCGGAUAGCACUAAUAUCUUACUGUUUGGCAUAACUGAAGUAGACUAGACCCACUGGAAUGUGUCAGCAUUCAGCAAUAUAUUUGAUGGGUCUACUCUAGUUGGGAAUCACAUUUCCCACCCCAUGUUUUCCUCCAUGCCGUGGGCCUCUGCAGAUAAGGUCAACGGUGCUUUCGGACUGAGCAAGACUAUUUUUCAGAGUGAGGAAGAAUUACUUUCUUUGUAUGAAAACGCUCCAAAUCCCAGCUGGAAUCAUUCUGGGAGCGGUAGUACCAAACUUUUCUGAGCUCUGCACAAAACAUUCUUUCCAUGUCUGUUGGGCAGCUUUCAACACCUUUCCUACCCAGUGCCUUCCCAGUUGAGCUGGUCUGCUAACUCAGCAAAUCUUGCAAUCAUCGAAAUUAAUUUUAAGGGCAUCGUCUGACAUUUGGGGUUGGAACAGUUUUCCGUUCCUGGUGACGUGUGAAGCGUGGCCCCUUCCUCCAUUCAGAAAGUCACCUCCUCUAAACCGAAGCCUUUUUCUCGGCUUACCUGCCUCUCCUUUCCAUCUUUUCCGAGCAACUUCUGAGUUGCUUGCAAGAGCGGAUUUAAAGCUCCCCUUUGCACCAAACAACGUUGACCCUAGUAAAAGGGACAUGAAUUCUCCCACUCCUUGCACCAAGUUUUUACAUGGGAUGACUGGGUUCUCUCUCUCUCUCUCUUUGACUGUGCAUAUUUUAUUUUACUGGAUCAACUUUGUUUUAACAGUGAAAUUAUAUACUCAAAUUUUAAUGUAUUUAAUAAAUUAUUCUGAGAACA